AUGGCGCCCAUCACAGAUCUAUCACAUCUCCUGAAUCCUCUCGUCACACCCGCGCAGCUAGAAACGUGUUCGAGUCAACUCGAUGGCGUACCAAGAGACCUGGAAGCUUCUAUCUGUUUUGAAACAUCACGCCUCAUCCAAGCCGCCGGGAUCUUACUCCAUCUGCCCCAAGAAAUCAUCGCGCAAGCGAUUGUGAUUCUACAGAGAUUCUGGUCUGGUCCAGAUGGCGGUAGCAUGUUGGAUUACGACUCCAAGGACGUGGCCGCAGCAGCCAUGUAUCUCACAGCGAAACCUUCGGCCCAACCCGUCAGUCCCAGACAGCUUCUCACGUCAUUCGCGUUUCUGUCCAGUCUCGCUCCGGGCGAACUUGCUAGAUCCGACGCAGACGGGAAGUUGGGCGCCGAGUGGCAGUUCUCGGAGGGAGACUAUGAACGGGCACGAGAUCGGUUGUACGCGAUUGAAGCUCAGAUCCUGCGGACUCUAGGAUUUCAAACACAUGUUGCUCUGCCGCAGCCACUUUGCAUCAACUAUUUGCAGACACUGGAUGCUUUCGGAUCUCCUGAGGAGGGCUCAGCUGUGGCGAAGCGAGCGUUUGAGCAUCUCAACAGCGCGCUUUUGAGUCCACAAAUGGUAUUUUUGACUCAUCAGCCGCACGCGUUGGCUGUUAGCGCCAUAUAUCUUGCAGCAAGGGAGGUAGAAGUCAAGCUCCCAGGGGUGGAAUGGUGGGAGGUGUUUGAUGUGGAUCGGGAGGAACUCGGGUUCCUGGUGGUGGCGCUCAGGAGUGUUGAGGGGUUUGCUGCGGAGGAGAAACAGAAGUGGGGUCAGAGGAAAGUGCCCGUCACUGUGGAGAAUCUGCGGGAUGAGAUUGAGCGGGCGAGAAUGCUGGAAGCUGGAGCGGAUGCAUGA